AUGAGCUAUGAAAACCCUGAUCUUGCUCUCUGCUAUGGAACAAUUUUGAGAGACUGCCCUCGUCAUCAAGUCGUUGCAAAGUAUAUUCUGGAUUCAGAGCACAUGAAGGAGUUCUAUGAAAACCCUGAUCUUGCUCUCUGCUAUGGAACAAUUUUGAGAGACUGCCCUCGUCAUCAUGUCGUUGCAAAGUAUAUUCUGGAUUCAGAGCACAUGAAGGAGUUGUUCGAUUACAUACAAGACCCAAAUUUUGGGACUGCAUCAGAUGCAGUAGCAACCUUUAAAGAGCUAUUGACAAGGCAUAGAUCAACUGUUGCUGAGUGUCUUUCAAGAAAUUAUGAGUGGUUUUUUGGGGAGUACAAUUCAAAGUUGAUGGGUUCUUCCAAUUACAUCACUAGAUGGCAUGCCGCCAAGUUGUUGGGGCAGAUGUUGAUGGAUAGUGCAAAUUAUUCAGUGAUGCUGGUGAUGAAUUUGCUCAGGGAGUCAAGCAAGAACAUCCAGUUGGAAGCAUUUAAUCUGUUUAAGCUUUUUGCUGCUAAUCCAAAUAAGUCUCCUGAGAUAGUCAAUGUCCUUGUCGCUAAUAGAACCAAGCUCCUCCAAUUCUUUGGUGGCUUCAGUUUUGAUAAAGAGGAUGAGCAGUUUGUUGCUGACAAAGCUAGAGUUGUGGAAGCAAUUUCUACUCUUGAACGCUUGAACGCUUAA